AUGAACAAAUCACCGCCUUCUCAGCAUGUCGAGGACAUCAACAUCGAAGCGGAUGGAGGGGACAUACAUGUCACAAAGUCCAAGGUGAACGUCAGUGGAACCGUGCAGCUCACUGCAGGAACUAUUGUUUAUAUUCCGACCCCUACGAGUGACCCUCAAGUCUCGACCGUCGGGUUGUGCCUUGUCUCUGGGUUUGGCGGCCUAUUGACCUUUUACAUACCUGAUUAUGUAGCUGAUGGCAAAACCUAUGCUGACAUCACCUCUCUGAUGACAUACCCAACUAUGACUAUGGGUAUUGGCAACUUGAUUGGAAUGCCAAUGGCCAUAGCCGUCGGCCGUCGGAUUGUCUUGCUUGCCGCAACGGCUAUCAUGUUGGUCGGUGCUAUAUUGUGCGCGUUCGCAACGAACUUUGAUUGGCAUCUCGGGGCGCGUAUGCUCGUCGGCUUCGCCGCUGGUCAGAGUGAGGCUCUCGUCCCCAUGAUUACUCAGGAAAUAUUCUUUCUCCACGAGAGGGGCACAUUCCUUAUGCUCCAGCAGAGCAUCCAGUCAAUUACAACUGCUGUCUUAGUUCUCUUCGCCAGUCCUAUUGCAGAAGCUAUAACACCUCAGUGGUGGUAUGGCCUUGGCGCUUGCCUUUCUGGGCUUGCUUUGGUCAUGGCAUUCGUAUUCGUUCCCGAGACAAAAUACCACCGCCCACGGUCUUCCCUUCAAGAGAAUAUGUCCUCGAAUGGCUUGGACAACGUCUCAGAUGAGCAUGUGGCCAAAGAUGCCCACAGAGUGGUCACAGAGAGACCGGCCCUUGACUUUGUUACCUAUCAGGCUCGGACUUGGCGUUCUGACCUAAGACUCUGGAUAGGCUCGCCCGAGUGGCGCAAGGGAGUUGAUACAUUUAUACAAGCGUUCCAACUUCUUCUUUUCCCCAAUGUCCUUUGGGCUAUGGCUUUGAAUGGCCUCACGCUGGGCGUCAACAUCGCAAUUGGCACCACCUACGGGACCAUUAUCACAACCUUGUAUGGCUGGCCGGAAAGGUCAACAAGCUACGUCAAUUGUGGCCAAAUCGUCACUUCGCUUGUAGCUCUGCCGUUCUUCGGCUUGGGCUCGGAUAAGCUCAUUGCUUGGUUUGCUAAAAGGCGAAACGGCAUUCAUGAGCCCGAGAUUCGUUUAUUGCCACUUGUACUCCCAAUUAUCAUUGGUACAUUUACUUCUGUACUGUACGGAUACGGUGCCGCAAACCCGUCAUCUUACCACUGGUUUGUCUACGUCUGGGCCGUUGGUGGUUACUACUUCACUUUUGUCGGUGCAAAUAUUGUGGCGAUUACUUAUCUGCUGGACAGUUACCCUCAGCGAGCUAGCUCUUUGCUGAUCAUUAUUUGUGCUUUCCGUGGUAUUAUAUCUUUUGGUGUUAGCUACGGUAUUAGCCCAUUCAUUGACAGAAGCGGGUAUUAUGGAGCAUUUAGCACCUUUGGGGGUCUAACUGCCGCGCUGGGGCUGCUUGGAAUUCCUGUCUUCAUCUGGGGCAAGAAAAUUCGUGAGUUCACCGGUAGGUUUGCAGUGGACAAGGAGUAA